CAUUUUGGCUGCUGCUGAUGAUUUGUGCCAGCCAACACUAAAGGACAUGCAUCUUGUCAUGCUUUCACAUGCUGCACCAAUCUGUAUUUAUUGACUCUAAUCCUCUCGCUACCUAACCAGUUAUCAAGGAUUCUCUCUUAAUUUCCACCAUCAUAUCCAGAUCUUCCUCUCUUUGCUACAGAUUGAGAGUUUGACACCAACUUGACAUGGCUGAAUCUACUGCACUAGCACUUUACAUUGCUAUCUCUUGUCUCGCCUUUGUCGCAUCGAAGAUCAUCGUUUCUUGUCUCCUCUACCGACGAUGGACGCGCAAGCGUAGCAUCAUCCAAGACACUUUGUCAGGUGGAAAAUUCGUCCUCUUUCGGUCUGCAUCGACGCACUCUUUGAGCUCGAGGUUGUUCAUUCAGAAGACCAUGAAGUUGUCGAACAAGGACAUCAUCGGUUCCGGUGGCCAUGGAACUGUCUACAAACUGACAAUCAACGAUACCACUGCCUUCGCUGUGAAGAGACUGAACAAAGGGAAUUCCGAUGCCAACCGUGGAUUCGAAAGAGAGCUCGAUGCCAUGGGCGAUAUAAAGCACAGAAACAUUGUUAUGCUUCAUGGAUAUUACGCUUCACCUGCCUUCAACUUCCUUGUGUACGAGUUGAUGCCAAACGGAAGCUUAGACGCAUUGCUUCAUGGGAAUAAUUGGGGCAAAGCGAAACCGCUCGAUUGGCCUACGAGACACAGAGUAGCUGUUGGGGCAGCAAGGGGCCUAUCAUACCUCCACCAUGACUGUAUUCCUCACAUAAUCCACAGAGAUAUCAAAUCUAGCAACAUCUUGCUGGAUCAUAACAUGGAAGCAAGGGUUUCGGAUUUCGGUUUAGCCGCGCUGCUCGAGCCAAACCAGAGCCAUGUUUCCACAAUUGUUGCAGGAACCUUUGGUUACCUUGCUCCUGAAUACUUUGACACUGGCCGAGCAACUACUAAAGGAGAUGUUUACAGCUUUGGUGUGGUUUUGCUCGAGCUUUUGACUGGGAAAAGGCCAUCAGAUGAAUCAUUUAUCGAAGAAGGAACAAAACUAGUGACCUGGGUAAAAGGAAUAAUCGAAGUGAACAAAGAAAAACACGCGAUCGAUCGAGCUUUGGAAUGGUAUCCGAUCGGAGAAGUAAAGCGAGUAUUCGAUAUAGCAGAGAAGUGUCUAGAAUCAGAUCCAUCAGAAAGGCCAACAAUGGCUGAGGUACACAAAAUGCUGGAGCAAGUUAGCACAUCAGACAGACACCCUGACUGUUCCUAAUUAGAAUAAGAAGAGCAUGACGAUGAUGAAGAGGAGCACGCUUUUGUUGGUAGAAUAGAAUAUUCCAGUUUCAUUCUUUGCUCGUCUUUCUAGGUGUGAGUGGAAUCCAUGUCUCUCUAUAUUUUAAUCCCAACACCGUCCUUUAAGUAAUCCAUGUAAUUAAUUGCUAAUAUUUUCGGAAUCAAUCCACAAGAAAUG